GACACUACCCAAAAUUUAAGUUCAAAGCUUGUUACCCAAAAGUGAGGAGAUGCACUUUAGUCCAUUUUGGGUAGGAUUCUACCCAAAAUUAGGUAACGGCUGGUAAGCGUGUAUAUGGUCUCUUCAGUAUUACCUGCAAAAAUUAGUCCCAGUGGCCAGUAGUUCAGUUGAAAUAAAUAUAUGAAUUAUAAUUUGAAUCACCACACCUAUGACGGAGUUAUCCACCCGGCUGUUAAUGCCGGGAUCCUGCCGGUGCUGUUUGUUAGAAGAAGGCGAAAUGUUUUGCAUCCUUGAUACGAUGGAUGAGUUCGAAAUAUCAGAAGAAAUUGGAAGUACUCUGGAGCAAACAGGGAAAUAAAAUGUUUCUGUAUUAUCUUCUUUCUUUUAUCUGUUACCAAACAGAAGUAAGCAGCAAGUUUUGUUUUGCUCCGGAGGAACUGGGAGCAUGAAACGUAUAAUGGAAAAUGAUAGUUUUUCAAGGAGCAUCUGUAACGCUUGUUUCAAUGAUCUAUCUACAGCAGUGCGCUUUCGACAGCGCUGCUUGAAAACCGAAGACAUUCUGCUAAAUACACAAAUAGAUAUUGGAAAGUCAGAAAUGAAAGAAUUGACCGAUGAAAGUCGAAAAUCACCACAAAAAAUAACUUUGGAAGAGAACGAACACAAAAAUAGCGAAACUGGUUCAUCAUCACAACAAAAAAGUACAACAAUCGAUAUCGGUCACGAUAAAUUAGCAGAUCGACCGGCGGUCAAGCUCCGAAGACCUCGCACCGGUGGACCACACAAAUGUGACAUAUGUGGUAAGGUGUUUACCAGAGCCAGUUAUCUUGACAAACAUUAUCGGAUACAUACCGGCGAACGACCCUACAAGUGCAGUAUUUGUCCUAGAGCGUUUGCUACCAGCGCUAACUUUAGAAAUCACGAGCGUCUUCAUACCAACAAUAGACCACAUAAAUGUGAUCUGUGUGACAAACGAUUCAUCAGCAACAGCCAUCUAAAGGAACAUAAACGUGCUCACACCGGUGAACGACCCUAUCCGUGCGAUAUCUGCGGGAAAGAAUACUCUUCAAACAGUCAUCUUAUGUAUCAUCGAGCUAUCCACACCGGUGACCGGAUAUUUGAGUGCGACUUUUGUGAUAAAAAAUUUGUUUUGCGGAGUAAACUCAACACGCAUAUGGUGACGCAUACGAAUGAGAAACGGUUUCAGUGUGAUGUUUGCGGGAAAAAAUUCAAACACAAAGAUUACUUAAAAAGUCACGUGCGUAUCCAUGCCGGCCCGCAAAAGUGUGACAUAUGCGGGGAAGAGUUUCUUAAAUUUACCCCGUUUGAGCUGCAUCGAAAAUUGCACAAAGAGGAAGCACCGCAGAAAACAUAGAACCAGAGCUUUGCUUAUCGAUUAUGUAAUUUGAAUUCAGUUAUUUGAAGGGUAUAUUAAAUGUUUAUUUUUAUGUUUUUACUGCAACCAGUACGCGAAUUUCAUCAUUUUAAUAGCCUACUUUGUACAGCUACACAUUC